AUGGUACUCUUGAUAGAAAAAAUUAGCAAACUCUACUUCAAGCUGGAGAAUAAUCAUCAUCAUCACCACCACCACCACCACCACCACCCCAAAUCUGAAGCUUUAUCAGCUUCAUUGCAGGCUUUUCAGUCUGAUGUUUCCAAUAUCUUGAAUCAGUUGUCAUUGAAUUCAAAACCCGGGUCAGAAAUCCUGUCCUUACCAUGGAUUCUACAAUGUUUUGGCCUCUUACCCUCCAUUCAUAGAGCUUUUGCAAAGCUAGUUGUGGAUAUAGACUACCCCAUUAGCAAAUGGGAAGCUGCUUCUGUGGAAGAAUAUCUCAACUACAGCUUGAGUUUGAUGGAGCUUUUCAAUUCCAUAAGUUCUUCUCUUGCAUAUCUUGGACACGCCAGGCUUUCAUUAGCUCAUGCUUUGAGCCUUGUGGAGAACUCACCCUCUUUGGCAAUCGAGCGUCUCAAAGCAAUUCAACCAAGAAGUUUCAACAAGGAUUUCAAAGAAGGUAAAGUUAAGGAAGAUGGGAAAGAAAUGACUUGCAGUGGUGAGGAAAGGAAUAUUCAUCAAGCUUUAACGGUCAUGAAGAGUAUUGGAUUCUGGGUAUGUGGAAUUGUGCUGUCUGGUUUAUGCAGUGAUGGAAAGCCAUACUUGGAAAUGAGAAAAUUGGUUUGUGGGUUGUUGAAUUCUUCAUUUGAUGGAUUUGAUUCAGGUAUAUAUGAGGUUGUUAUGGAGCAAAAGGGUGUCUUGAAGGAGGUAAAAGAGCUGAAUGAUACAGUAGCUUGCUUAAAUGCUGCCUUAGUCGAGGGGCAAAAUAGUGAAGCAACCAAAGAUUUGGAAGGAAAAUUGGAAGCAGCCACAGAUUUGGAAAGAAAAUUGGAGGUCUUUGAGAAACUAUUGGAGAGCUUGCAGAAGGAGGUGGAUCAUCUAUUCUCUGAGGUUUUGGCUGGCAGAAGUAAAUUGCUUGAUUGCCUUAGACCCCAGAAGGAAUAG